AUGGUAUGCGAUGAAGCUGUUCGGCCCAGACAGCAAACCAUUCAAUGUGAUGGAUGUUUUCGCUGGAAUCAUCGAGUCUGCAACACUGGUAAGUUUUCAACACUAUUACAUGUAUUACUGGUAUGAGAGGUUGCCGCUUAUUUACUCUGACACUUAGAGACCUUUACUAUAUUUACUUUAUCCUAAUUUAGAUUUUUACUUUGAUUCAAUAGGUAUAUCACAAGAAGUUUACCGGGCAGCUGUUCGAUAUGGAAAAGAAAUUGACUGGCAGUGCGCGGUGUGUUCGCAUCCGGACUCCUACGCCGAUCCUUCCAGUUACCUGGAAUCAGGAGCUCUAGAGCUUACCUUCAUUGACCCAGAAGAAUCCCACCCUGAUGCAGAGAGUACGCGAAUUGAGAACCCCGAAGAAUCCUAG